CCCCUGAACCAAACCAACCAGAACCCAACGGCAGCAGAGCUGCAGAAGCUUCCCAAAUCCUCUUCCCCCUCUGGCGUCUUCUCCUCCCCACCUUUCUAUUCUCCAGCCGGUUCGCGCGCUCCAAUUAGCUUCCCUCCCUUUCGCGGCGGGCGGCACUGCUAUAUAACCCGCGCCUCUGCGCGCUCCGGUGAGAUCGACAUGGGGCUCGAGAUGGAGGCGGCGGCUGCUCCUGCGCCUGCGGCGGCGGGGGAGCAGGGGCUGGAGAUAUACCCGCUCAGCCGCUACUACUUCGGCGCCAAGGACGCCGCCGGCGCGCCCCGCGGCGUGGAGACGGCCGCCGACCGCGCGCUCCGGCUCAAGGCCAACUUCGCCGCCCACGGGCUCCGCACCAGCGUCCAUGGCGUCCUCCUGGUGGAGCUGUUCGGUCACCCGCACGUGCUGCUGCUGCAGGUCCGGAACUCCUCCUUCGUGCUCCCCGGAGGCCGCCUCAGGCCCGGCGAGGAAGAGCUCCAAGGGCUCAAGCGCAAACUCUCAAGCAAGCUGUCCAUCCUUGAUGAAAGCGAAGGCGAUGCUGAGGAUGAGGAUGAGGAUGACUGGCAGGUUGGGGAGUGCAUUGGGAUGUGGUGGAGAUCUGAAUUUGAGGCCAUCCCGUUUCCAUACAUGCCACCAAACUUCCGCAUGCCAAAGGAAUGCAUCAAGCUGUUCCUGAUCAGGCUGCCGAUGUCCCGGCAGUUCAUCGUGCCCAGGAACAUGAAGCUGCUGGCCGUGCCUCUGUCCCAGAUUCAUAACAACGCUCAGGUUUAUGGUCCGGUCAUAUCUGGGAUUCCAAAUCUACUGUCCAAGUUCGCGUUGAACGUUAUCAGUGACUGAGCUGCGUGUGCAGACUGCAGACCCGAGUUCUGAAUUUUGAGAAGCGGUUUUCAUGUUAGGCUAGCCAUACAACAAUGUGAUGUUCAGUCUUCAGACCACAUAGGAAUAUACACUAGCAGCUCGUCUUGUGUGUUUUGUAACGUUUUCGUUAUUGGUGUGCGGAUAAUGUAUUGAUUUGUAUUGUAUAAUGUCUCUUGCCGCCUCUGCUUUGCCAAACCAGUUAUGUACAUUAACUUUGCUGAUUAUACCAAUUGAUCGUAUAAUGUCCAA